AUAUGUCUGGUUCACAACAGGCUCAGGCUCUGUGCAAACCAAAGACUACAGUGCAAACACAGGAGUCCACCACCAAGGAGGAACAAUGUCUCCGGACAGGUUAAUGGUUUAUUUCACGACAGCAUGCAUAUUUUGCUUCAUGGUGGGAGUCAAUAUCAUACUGGGCAUUAUGCUGUACGUAUCACCACGUCUCGCCAAGAAGCUGAUCCUCAAACUGGGUGAAAGAGCCACCAUGACCCAGAAUCCUAGUUUUAAGUUUGAAGAUUGGGGUCCGACGUUUGGCACCUUCAUGUUCUUCAAAACUGCCUCUCAUCACAUGUGGCUGUCCCUCGGACAAGAGGCGUUUGUGGGAGGAGAAGCUCCGGACACAGAUGUGGUCAGCAUGGAGGGAACGAAAUCAAGAAUCAGCCGGUUCGUGAAAGACAACAGAAUGCUGGUGUUGAAUUUCGGAAGUUGCACCUGACCCCCGUUUAUGUACAAACUUGAGGAGUUCAAGCAACUCGUCAAGGACUUCAGCGAUGUAGCCGACUUUCUUGUGAUCUACAUCGAGGAGGCGCAUUCAACAGACGGUUGGUCAUUUAAAAACAACAUCGACAUCAAGAAGCACAAGAGCCUGGAGGACAGGCUGUCCGCGGCACAGAUCCUGCUCCAAAAGCAGCCCCUUUGUACGGUGGUUGUGGAUGAAAUGGACAAUUCUGCUGCCAUAAAGUACGGUGCUCUGCCUGAGAGGCUCUACGUGCUGCAGGCUGGGAAAGUUGUCUACAAGGGGGGCAGAGGGCCUUGGGACUACAAUCCAAUGGAGUUGCGUGGGUUCCUGGAGAAAAUAAAAUAAGACAAUCCGACCAGAAUGAUAUGUAAGGGUCUCGGAUUUCUCAUUUGAAUAGGGGUAUAACAUUAUAACCAACAUAACUGAUAUACAAUACAUUACUUAUUAAUCAAGACUAUAAUGAUUACACUGCUACAUCAGCUUGUGGCUCUAACUGCUCUCUAGCAUCUCUUACAUUACAUAUGAGAAGAGACAUUGUAACCCCUGCAAACGUGCACUAGUAUUGUACUCUGUAAACAUACCUAUACUGCCAAUCUGUGAGUUUGAAUUCGCCUCUCAGUGUUUCUUAGUGACGGCUGCAGAUUAAACCGUUGGCCUCUGCAGCCCGAUGGAGUGAAACACACACAGAGACAGUUCAGUCAAGAGUUUGUGUUUGAGGUAUCGCACAAUGUUCAGGAGAUGUCCCCAAAGUUGUCUUAUUCUAAAGUUUAAAAGGCCUUACCGUCUAUGUCAAAAACCAAAUUUGUUCCCACUUCUCUUGCAGAUCAUAUUUUCUGUUCAUAGAUUUCUAUCUGUAUAUAAACUUUCAAAACAUUGCUUCACAACAGUGUUAAAAAACAUGUUAAAAACCCAGAAAAUCGGCAAUAACAAAAAAGCAUUAUAAAAAGAACCAAAAUAAAAUAAAGUUGGUUUGUUAUGUCUGAAUGCUCCUAUGUGGUUUCACAGGAGUCUACUUUAUAUAUGAUGGUUGCAGUGCAAACCUCUGGUGACUGUAAUCUGAUGAGUGAUGACUCGAAAAGAGGCCUUCUCUGAAUUAUGUAGGAGCAUUCUCGAUUACACUUUAAAAACAAAAUAUUCAUCUUGUUAAACAGUCUGCAUGUUGUUUUGAAUAUUUUUGGAUCCAUUGUUUUCACUAUGGUAUAAUAAAGAACAAAAUGUAAAGACUCA